AUGGUCCAUAACCUGCCUGCGAUGAUUAAGGAGGCUGCUCAGAGGCUGCCCUCCAUCGACGAUCCUGCCUUCGGGGCCGUGUUCGACUCCUUCGGUCGGUCGAGGGUAGUGCUCAUGGGAGAUGCGAGCAUCUCAUCGAAAGAACACGGCUUCAACGUCGUGGCCAUUGAAGCCGACUGGCCAGACGCCAAAGUCAUAGACCGAUACGUUCGCCAGGAUCCUUCCAAGCAGACGCGCAAGCUGACGGACGUCGGCGCCUUCGACCGCUUCCCGCGGUGGAUGUGGCGCAAUACCGAGACGCAGGAGUUCGUCAACUGGCUCGAGCAGCGAGUGAGCUUCGCCGGGCUGGAUCUAUACUCCAUGGGAAUUUCAAUCCAUUCCGUCCAGGAGUACCUCGAGCGCCUACUUAGAGCCGUGGAUGACGACCCCGCGUUGUACGGGCGACAAGCGUUCCUGAGGGGUGCCGCGCCGUCCGAAAUGGGCGCCGUGAACAUGCUCAAGGAUCUUCUCGAGAAGCAACUCGAGCUCGCGAAGGAGGACGGGGAGGACUCCUUUGACACGGAGAUGAACGCCCGGCUCGUGCGCAACGUGGAGAAGUACUACCGCGCGAUGUUCUACGGCUCGGACGAAUCCACCGGAAAGGGCUCGAAGGCGAUUGUGUGGGCGCACAACUCGCAUGUGGGCGACGCGUGGUACACCGGCAUGGGCGAGUCUCGGAACGAGCUGAACAUCGGCCAGCUGUGUAAGGAGCAGCGCGGCACGCAUAUGGGCACCGUAGCGACAGCGGACGAAUGGGACGAACCCAUGGAUGUACCCAUGGAGGUAAUGAACGUCAAACCGUCUCGCCCCGACAGCUACGAGGGGCUUAUGCAUGAGGUCGGCAUACCUUCCUUCGCACGCGACCUUCGUGAGGGGAGGCUAGAUGAAGAGACGAGACAGGCGCUUAUGGAGAAACGGCUCGAGAGGUUCAUCGGACGCUGGAGCCACUACUCAAAUGCGAUACUUCCCAAGCAGUUCGACUGCUAUGUCUGGUUCGACCGGACGGAGGCGGUGCAUGCCUUCGAGACGGCGCAACCGGAUGAGUCGAUGAGCGUUGGAGAGAACCAUCCAUUCGGAUUGUAG